CGCGGAGUGGCCUACCGGGGACCCUCCCCCAGAGGGACCGGCCCGGGGCGGGGAGAUGAACGGCUUCAGUACGGAGGAGGACAGCCGCGAAGGGCCCCCCGCCGCCCCAGCCGCCGCCGCCCCGGGCUACGGCCAGAGCUGCUGCCUCAUUGAGGACGGCGAGCGCUGCGUCCGGCCCGCGGGCAACGCCUCCUUCAGCAAGAGGGUCCAGAAGAGCAUCUCGCAGAAGAAACUCAAGCUGGACAUCGACAAGAGCGUAAGGCACCUAUAUAUAUGUGAUUUUCACAAAAAUUUCAUCCAGAGUGUCCGAAAUAAAAGGAAGAGGAAGACAAGUGACGAUGGCGGAGAUUCUCCCGAGCAUGACACUGACAUUCCUGAGGUUGAUCUGUUCCAGCUGCAAGUGAACACCCUACGACGUUAUAAACGACACUACAAGUUGCAGACCAGACCAGGCUUCAAUAAGGCCCAGUUAGCGGAAACUGUGAGUCGACACUUCAGGAACAUACCUGUGAAUGAAAAAGAGACCCUUGCCUACUUCAUCUACAUGGUGAAGAGUAACAAGAGUAGACUGGACCAGAAAUCGGACGGUGGCAAGCAGCUUGAGUGAGGAUGAAGCACAUCUUAAAGGAAUGAAGUGUAAUGCUUGAUGCACAGGUGAUAUCUGCUACAUUUAAGCCCAUAAAGACUGUUAAAUAUUAUUGUAAAUAAAAAAGUUUGAAUGAUGAAUACUGUAAAUCUUUUUGGUCAGGAGGAUUAUAUUCUCAUCAUUCAGCAUGUGUAUAGAAAGACUUUUAAGAUAACUCUGGACUAAAAAAAUCAGGAUCAUUAAAAGAAUUAAAAACUAUGUAUUUCAGCGUUCAACAAAGCAUUAAAUCAAUUCUACUGGAAAUGUGGGAUAAGAAAUAUUUUGGUAAUCACCUUAUCCACCAGGCUGCCAUGUGUGAGCUGUAGCUUGGAAUAGCAGCAAGGUGCAGUUGACUGUGGAAGUGCAUGAGCAGACCCACAUCUGGACUUGCAUGCUGCCCGCUGGCGACAUAGAUAUCCCACCCGCUUUGUUGCAAGCUUUGUCAUUUAUCAGCAGAUCAGUUUGACACUGGUCCCUGUCACUCACCCUGUGCCUUGUACACAGUAGGCACUCAAUCAGUAGAUAUUGGCUAAUUGAGCUGUCACUAAUAGUGCCAGCCUUGUAACAUCUGCUUCACACCUCUCAUUACUGAGACCUCUGCCAUUUCUGUUGCUCACCACUUAACUGCUAGAAUGUGGAGGAAAUCCUGAUGCACCAACAAGGAAGUUUCUGAUCAUAUAAGGAUUUCAGGACAGUUGCAUGUGCAAAACUAUUCGUUCAGGUUCCAGAAACACUGAUAUAGAGACCCUCACAGAAGAUAUGGUCUCUUAUGCACCCCACUAUGCUUCACUCUUUGGGGUGCAGUUAGAUAUUAUGACUUCAGCCAAGCUUCUUGGUAACAAAUGCAUUGACACACUGACGUAUUUAGUAGUUUGGGGCAAGCGUUUUUAGAAGUUUUCAUCCUAAGUUCACAACCACCAUGCAAGCUGCCAGGGGCCAUGUGAUUCCUGCCCAGAAGUCCAGCUUAGGAUUGAAAGUCUGGCUGGCCUUGACUCCCUGGGCUCUGGUCAUCAGCAAAUCAUGAGUUUGGGCAACAAAGGUCAAUUCCAUCUGAUGCUCAUUUUUGUGAACAAUUUGCCUCCCUCUUAGGGAGAAAGAUUGCUAAAAUUUUGAAAAUUACCUGAUUUUUUUGUUGUUCAAAACGUUGAACUCCUCAAUCUAAUUAUAUCAGAGCCAAAGUAUCCUGUGAAAACAAAGCUUUAUAUCUAAAAAUGUGCUUUUGCAAAAUUCUUUAAUCUGUGUAAUGGAGGGCAGAGGGUAUGGGGUAGGAGGGUGGGAGAAAGAGAAGAAAAGGAUUUGGAUUCUAAUUUAUGACCAUCUUGACAUAUGGUCAAAGGUGUCAUUUUCCUACUCAGUUUCAAUUCUGAGUAAUUUCUUAAGCCUUAAAUAAUAAGAACAAUGGACAGCCUGGCCUGGCAGAGAGUUUCACAGAUGGCUUAAUCUGAGCACCAUCACAGAGAAGUCAGGACUAAACCCCCUACUGAGCAGGGUGGCGGAGUGUCCAAAGGUCUCAGUUCUGUGGAGCAGAGUACCAUGCUUUCUGUGGAAUGGCGACAGGGUCACCACGCUUACUAAAAUGCAGUAUGUUCCAUUGCAGCAAAGCUUUCGCCUGUGUUCAAAAUGCAUGUCUAGCAGAUUGCAGCCUUUUAAAUUAAAUAUAUAUAAAUGGUUGUACAUAGAAUAUACUCUGGACUGUGAGGGCAUCCUAUUUUGGUAUGCCUCCUGGCUGUGGAUGGCAUGUCCAGUGCUCUGUGAGUGUUUUCAGUCAUUCACGUUCACUAUGUGUUUAGAGAUUCUCUCCCUGCUUACAGCUGAAGAAUGUUGAUACAGGCAUCAAGAAGGCUGAGGGGCAGAUGGGGCCUGCAGGUUAAGGCAUUGUUAACUUGCUCCAUGGAAAUGUCCAUAUCUUAAUGAGUAAAAAAGUGUAUUUUUCUGAUAUGUAAACCAAAAUUGUGGGCGUGUAGGUCACAUCACUAUUUCUUUAGCAGCAAGUCUGUUUUCCCAGUUGAGAGAGACAAUAGCUUCUGCACAAGAAUAUAUGAUGGUAGGAUCCAUCUGUUCAAGUGUGUCUGAAAGAAUCUUUAUUCCAAAGCGAAACCUGGGGGAACGUUUUACCUUCAGCCAGAUGCUGUGUGUGCACUUGGGUCCCUUGUCUUUCCUCUCAGGAGAGGUGCUUGUGGAAAGUGGAGGUUGUGGGCAUCUUUUGAACCUUUUCAACCUGACCUUUCAACAGGUCAGGUGAGAGAAAAGACAAAGCUAUUUGAACCUAUGUUUUUCUUAUGUCCAGAAAUCUGUUCUUUCAUCAAACCACUAAACCACUCGCCUUAGCCUCUUCUGCAGCUUCUGGUGGCUCUAUCUGUGGGCAAGGGACUCCUGCCUGUGAGAAGUGGCCAGGCCCUCCAGAGCAACGGGGUCUGGCUUCAGGGAGCAGUGGGGUGUGGGGAAAGCAAUGUUCAUCUUGGCUGCUCCAUUUUUAUACCAUCCAUCAAGGACUCUUGCGCUUCUCUCCACCUGUGACAUAGCAGCAUUGCCUUCUUUCCUCUUGGUGCUUCUGGGCAAAACUGGAAUUUGAAAUCCAGAACUGGCGUUGUCUUCUUAAAGAGUAUGGUUCCUGCCUCAAUUCCAGCCUGGUAUGGUUCUUUGAUAUACCCUGAAGGUUCUCACAUGGAAACAUCAGUAUCCUGCCAUUCAUGUUGUUUUAAGAUGUUUUAAAAACCAGUGGACAAACUUCUUGCUUCAAGGAACAAACUCUUAGGUUGGCAACAGCAUAUAAAAAAGAUCAUAGCUGAAUCUCAUGAAAGAUUAAAAACCAAAGGAUUCAAGACUGGUGUUGUAAAAUGAAGAGGAAUUUUACUUACGUGUUACAGCUGCGAAGUUGUUAGAUGUUCCUGUCAUAGCUAAAUAGUCACUGCUAGCCUUUCAGAGAACAGAUAGUAACAAUUGUUUGCAGCUGCAGUGUUGCAUCUAAUUUUGGUGUUUUGGCUUUUUAUUUUGUGGGAAGUUUUUUGUUAAUAUCCUGCAGGGCAACUGCCUGGUGGGAGGGAGAGGAUGGAAGAAGGAGCUUACUCUGGGGGCCUUUCCUAUUGAGGGAGGCUGUUGCCCGGUGUAGAUCCCAGAGCAGUUGCUUCGUGGAAGUCAUCCAAAGGCGCUCUCAGUCAUUACAAUGACAGGAUCUCAAAGUUGGGAAAGGGCUGUUAAGUCAUCCAGUCUAGUCUCCACAUAGGUGCUGACAUUCUGCCUACAACCAUCCGACCAAGGGGUUGAGCAGUCUGGACUUAAACACCUCCGAGGACAGAGAACCCACUACCUCGUGGAGAAGCCUGUUCUUUGUAAACCUCUGGCUUUUCUGUGUUCUCUGUAAUUUCCAUCUUAGUCUCUGCCCCAUGGGGGCUACACAGGACAAGUUAUUUUUGGCAAAGCACCUAAUUGCUGGCACUGUCCCAAAGCAUAGCGUUUGCCUUUUGGAAAGAAACAAUGCUAGGACAUGGACACUUUGGUAUACCGUCCUUACCCGUGAGUAUUAGUCCACUCAGUUCCUUGUUGGAGAAUGUUGAGAAAACCCUACUGGCUGGCUUGUUCUUGCCAAAGCUUGGGGAGAGGAGAGGGGGAUGAGAAGAUGUUAGCAGCCUGCUAAACAUCAGACAGAUGAGGACUCAGUUCUGUGCUUGCCCCACAAAAACGGAUGCUCACAACAUCAGGAAAAUGUUCAGCUGGAAGAUUUAUAACUUCAUUGCUUUGCAUGAAGUUUAAAGGUUUCAUGGUUGCCCAGGGCUUGUACCUUAGAUUCCUGUAAGGACUUCGCACUGUUUUUGCUGAGAAAACAAAGCUUCAGGACUUAAGGUCUCAGCAUCAGAGAAGUGCUGUAUUUUCAAGGUGGAAAGUCUGUUAAGCUUGCUGUUGUCCAGUCGUCUGUUUUUAGAGAUGGGGAAACUAAAACUCAAAAAGAUGUGCCUGAGGUCAUAUGGCAUUAUCAGAACCAACUUCUGGCCCUCUUGACCUGUCUAGCAUUCUUUCUUUCUGACUUAUAGGAUGACUCUAAUUCAGUCUAAAUCGGCUGCCCUCAGAUUCUUGAGAACUUAAAAUUGAGCAGAAAUUCCCAAGGCCAACCUGGCUCUCAGGGACCAACCUGCAGAACUCAAGAUUGAAAUGUUUAGGCCAGUUGAGUUUUGCAAAAUGAGUGGUAGGGGAAAACAGAUCUAGCCUGUUAUUUAAAACCAGGGUUCAAAAGCCCUAGUGGGAGAUGUAAUAUUGUCCUAGCAUUUAAAUUAUCAUGAAAUGGGCUUGGUCUGUGAUCUCUUGGUCAGACAUCUGCCUUCCAGGCGAUCCUUUGAGGUUGUAUAAUUCAGCUGGCCCUGGCUCCUGGUCCCUGUUACUGAGCUGGGCAGUUGAACUGAAGGGCAGAUGAGCUCAAGAUCAUGCUUUGGGAAGCAUGGUGCUCUAGGGGUGCCUUUUUAUUCCUUUCAUUGUAUUAUAGACUGUUUCCAAGUUGAUGUUUAGAAAUGGUAAAGUGGGUCUGGUGUUUUGAGGUAGAACCCAGCCUAGGGCAAGAUACGAACUGUUCUUGAGGUAGAAAUGUCUACAGUCAGUUGUUUCAUCUAGCUUGCAUCUUAAAACACAAACCCCUCAGUUGCUUUCACUUAAUGCACACAUUUGCCAAUGACAGAGGGUUAUACAGGAUCCCUCUUUUACAUUUCUAUUGUCUGCUACGCUCAUCAGAGUAUAUUUUGGGGUAUGAGGUUUUGGGUUUUUUUUUUCCCAUUUUGUAACUGCCUUAUUGAAAAGUAAGUGCCCUUUCAUUCCAGGCCUCCUCAUAUUGUAAUUGUUUCCUGCCAAAUCUGGGGGAUCAUGUGUAUUUUAACUUUGUAAUCUAUGGCUCUGUACUGUUGAAAGGCUCUCAAUUCUAUGGGGUCUCCUUAGUAUGUAUGUGACUUUUCAUGUUGCAAUAUCACACAGAUGGGAUGGCCCAACUUUUGCUCUUAAUAAAUAAUCUGAAUGAGUAAGAGA